AUGCCGUCUUUAGGAUGUGGAACGUGUCGAGCUCGUAAAGUUCGCUGCGAUCAAACCGUCCCAAAAUGCAAUCGAUGCAUAAAAGCGGGUCGAGAUUGUGAAGGCUAUGGUUUGCGUCUGUCUUGGCCCCGUCACAAUGACAAGCGACGUGCUAUCGUCGGACCACAUUCUAGACAAUCCCGAUUCAAAGGAAUAUCCGUGAACUAUCGGCUGCUGAAUACUUCUUCGAGGGAUAUCAAGCUACAUGAUAUGAUCUUAACGUCAGCUCAAAUACAUAGCGUGGCCGUUGAAGCAGUAGCCGAUACACCAUUCAAGCCUGCCGAGGACACAGUCUUUGCGAGACAGGCAAAACCUUUCCUUCUAUUAAACUCCCCUGCAACAGGGGUUCUUGCAGAGUUGAGUCCGGCCAACAAGCGCUUGUUUCAAUAUUUUGUAGAGAGGGCCUCGUAUUCUAUAAGCACCUUUGGGAAAGAUGCGCACAGAGUCCCCGGAAUUCUGAUUCGCAUGGCUCUUUCUGACAAGACACCCUCGUCUACAGCUGUACUUAAGUCCUCUCUGGCUCUAGCAUCGUUCCAUCGAGAUAACGCCUUCAAUGCAAUGACACGAUGCAAGGUCGCUGCACUACGGGCCUUGGCUGAAUCGACACAAGGCUUUAUUGGCGUAAGCGACUCGGCUUGUCAUAUCGGAGCUGGUAUCAUAUUAAGCUCUCUGGAGAUACAACAAAAUUCGACAACGUCGAGCAACUGGCUAUGGUAUGCCUGUGGCGCCACCAAAAUUGUCAAAACAGCUGGACUUGACGAGAUCAAAGCAGAUAGAGAUUUGACAUCACUCGUAGGAUGGGUUCAUUAUUUUAACACCAUGGCUAAAUUUAGCUUGCGUCAUUGGCAACCAAACUUUGUCCUUGAUGCUGAUAGUUCGGCUGAUGUCAGUUCCGACACAUUUCACCCAGCUGUUUGUUCAAACGGACAGCCAGCGAAUCUAACAGGAUUUCCGCACGAGAUACUAUAUCUGCUCACAGAAGUGUUUAACUCUGUGAUAAUGGCGUCUGAUCCACGGCACGAUACAGCAGAGUACAGGAAUCGACUCCAGACACUCGAUUACAAGCUACAGCAUAUUGUCGAUCAGGAUACGACCAGUCUUGACACGAGUGACGACCAGCCCACGUUUAACAUGGCGGUUGAGUUGUAUCGGUUAUCCACUUUGAUAUACCUCAGGCGCGCAUCCGCUGGGAUACUCGAUCUGGACAAGAACUUCAAUGACUGGGUUAAUCAAGCCUUUGCAUUACUUGCCCAUCUACCAGUUUGCCAAUGGACAUUUCCGUUGUUCAUAUUUGCCUGUGAGGCACGUGAAGAUACAAGGCGGAUAAUUCUGCUUGAUUUAAUACGAAGGACGACCAGAGAUGGGCGAUACAGAAGCCUAACGCCAAUCAAGAGAUUGAUCGAGAUCAUGUGGGUGCAGCAGGAUCUGUUAGAUGAUGAUUUGGAUUAUGUUCACAAGCUGGGUGUUAUUUUGAGCUCUACUCAGAAAUCUGUUCCAGCAUUUCUAUAG